AUGAAGAUGAAGACGAGGAUGAACUGUAUAUGGAUGACGACAUUGAAGAUGAAGAUGAAGAGAGGUUGCCUGAUGACAGGGCCUGGGGCAACAAAAAGUGGAGGUACAUUGGCACAGACACAAGCGAUGAGAGGAUUCAGAGGAAGCUGUACAGGCAGGACGAAGAGUUGGCUAAAUUAGAGGAAGAGACAGCAAGGAAGUUGCAAGAUCGUAUGGCUGCUGAGCUGGAAGACCUGGCAGCUGAGGAUCUCAUUCCACAGGAAGAGGACAAGGGAGAGGAUGACAAAAGCACACAGGUGAGAGUAGAGACAGACAUCUCAGGGCUCUCAAAGGCUAAGAAGAUGCAGCUGCUUAAGAGGGAGUCCCCUGAAUUCCUUCCCCUCAUUGAGGAUAUGAAAAGCAAGUGCAGCGAAAUUCAGACCUUCCUCCGACCGCUGAUGAAGGGUAUCCAGACUGGCCAGGUACCUGAUGGUCCUGCCCAACAGUAUGUUGUUACUAAGUAUCGACUCCUACUGAAUUAUCUCUCAGUACUCAGUGUAUACAUGAUGGUGAAGAGCAGUCAGAGCUCCGUCAACAAGCACCCUGUUGUCGGGCGGCUAGCACAGUACAGACAGCUGCUUCAGGAAUUGGAGCAGUGUGAUGAAAAGUUGAAACCCAGGCUGGAGAAGCUUCUGAAGGCAAUCAAGGAUGGACAUGCACCUAUAGUUGCCUCAUCCUUUAAGGAAGCAAAGAAACCCAUAAAACAGAUGCGUAAGCUCCAAAUACUGAACGGGGGGAAGCAGGAGAAGGCAGAGGAGAAAGCAGGCAAAAAGCGAGCGAGGGCAGGGACGACAAAGAGCGAGGAGCACCUUGCUUAUUCAUUCCCCGAGGAGGAGGAGGAGGAGGGGGAGGAGGAGGAGGAAAGUUUUGCAAUGCCGGGCACAGGGGGAAAGAAGAGGAAGAGAGGAGGCAAGGAUAAAAAGAAUCAGGAAGAAGUGGGGAAGGUGGUGGAUCCACAGACCAAGCGCACCAUCAACUACGAGAUCUCAAAGAACAAGGGCCUGACAGCAUACCGCAAGAAGGAAUUGCAGAACCCCAGAGUGCAGUACAAGAAAAAGUACCAGGCCAAGCUGAAGAAGAGGAGAGGACAGGUACAACAAGUGAGGAAAGAGCUCAACCGUUACGAUGGAGAAGCUACGGGUAUUAAGGCUUAUACUAUUAAGAGCCGAAAGCUAAAAUAAAAAAUAUAUAUUUGUUUUUGUUUUUAUAUAAAGCUGGUAAAUAAAUAAAAGUGUAGAUGGUUAUUUGA